AUGGCUCCAGAGGAUCAAGAAAAGACUGCCAUCUGUAUUCCAAAAGGAAUAUAUUGCUACAUUGUGAUGCCUUUUGGGUUGAAAAAUGCAGGGGCAACUUACCAAAGAGUCGGGACGACAAUUUUCAAUGACAUGCUUCAUAAUACCAUUGAAUGCUACGUCGAUGAUUUGGUUGUCAAAACCAGAAAAAGAGAACAUCAUUUGAGCAAAUUCUUUGGCUUUCUCAUUCAACAUCGUGGAAUUGAAAUUGAUCCUACAAAAAUCAAGGAAAUCUGUGAAAUGCCUCCCUCUGGAAAUUUAAAGGAGUUGCAAGGGCUGCAAGGGAGACUAGCCUAUGUACAACGGUUCAUCUCAAAUCUCUCUGGAAGGUGCCAACCAUUCUCGAGGCUCAUGAAGAGGGAUGUUCCGUUUGCUUAG